AGUGGAAACACAGUCACCACAGAGCUCUCUCAUUCUACACUCACCACAAAGAAGAAAAUAGAAAUGGCGGCGACCAGAGUCAUUGCAUCGGCUGGCAACGCCGUCUCCAGCGGUUUUCUCUGCAGAGGCCAAUUCCGGGCUGCGCCUCAAAGCCUCAAUCUCAGCUUCAGAAACGGCAGAUUCCUGACGCAGAAAAGGCGCCUCUUUACGUGCAAUGCCAUACAAAACCCCCAAGUUCAAAUCAAGGAAGAGGGCCAGCCCGAAUCCCUCGAUUACCGCGUCUUCUUCCUCGAUAAUUCCGGCAAAAAGAUUUCCCCCUGGCAUGAUAUUCCACUGCACUUGGGUGAUGGUGUAUUCAAUUUCAUCGUGGAGAUUCCAAAGGAAUCUAGUGCAAAGAUGGAAGUUGCUACAGAUGAAGUGUAUACCCCCAUUAAGCAAGAUACAAAGAAGGGAAAACUCCGAUGCUACCCAUACAACAUCAACUGGAACUAUGGAUUGCUUCCACAAACAUGGGAAGAUCCUUCACUUGCAAAUGCUGAAGUUGAGGGGGCAUUUGGAGAUAAUGAUCCAGUUGAUGUUGUUGAGAUUGGGGAUAGCCAAGGAAAAAUUGGGCAAGUCAUGAAAGUGAAGCCCUUGGCUGCUUUGGCAAUGAUAGAUGAGGGAGAGCUUGACUGGAAAAUAGUUGCCAUUUCAUUGGAUGAUCCAAGGGCUUCCCUUGUUAAUGAUGUUGAUGAUGUCGAGAAGCAUUUUCCAGGAACUCUCACUGCAAUCAGAGACUGGUUCAGGGACUACAAGAUACCCGAUGGAAAACCUGCCAACAGAUUUGGCCUUGACAACAAGCCAGCAAACAAGGAUUAUGCACUUAAGGUUAUCACUGAGACAAACGAAUCGUGGGCUAAACUUGUGAAAAGAUCCAUUCCUUCUGGUGAACUUUCUCUUGUCUAAAUGAAGCUACAGUGUUUGUGCUGCAUCCCUGGUAAAGCGAUGUACUUCUUUUGCUGGCAAUUUGCCGUUAUUUAUUUUUCUGGUACUGAGAGAUAAAAUAUUUGAGCAAUGGAACUAUUGCUUGUGUAUUGACCUUGGACAAGUUUUUCAUGAAUGAAGAGUCUCUUUCCUUUGCCA